AUGGCAUAUGAAAAAUCAUUGCGCUAUAAGGAGAGAGUGAAGGAAAGCCAUGACCGACCCAUCAAACAGGCUAAGUGCUUCCAAGAGGGAGAUCAAGUACUACUCUUCAACUCUCGACUAAGGCUCUUUCCCGGCAAAUUGAAAUCAUGGUGUCAUGGACCAUAUUCAGUCACACAUGUGUUCCCUCACGGCGCCGUUGAGAUAUCUCAUCCACAAAAUGGAACUUUCAAGGUCAAUGGUCAACGAUUGAAACAUUACUUUCCGGGUAACAAAACUUUGCCAAAGAAUAGAGUUAUGAGGGUGAAGAAAGUGGCCUACAAGAAUGCUAGGAGGGACCUUUCUCCCCCUCCCAACGAACCAAAGUUUAAGAAUGAAGAGCACAAGAUCUGUUAUGCACUUUUAUCGCGGAAGGGGGUUGGAACCAUUCGGAGAAUAGAUUGGGAUCUCUUGAAGCUGUUGGGUUUGGAUGGUAUAAUCUUGGAGCUCAUCUCCCAUAGUGGGUGGGACAAAUUAUUCUCCAUUGAAGAGCCCACCUACAAGGAGUUAACACUAAAAGUUUUGAGCACCGUCGAGGAACAAAAGAAACCUAGGCAGUAUUAUAACCAUCCUUAUAUGCAGUAUUGUGAGGGUGAGGCCACCCGCAGAGUUAAUUCCCCUGCUGUUGCUACACCAAGAGCUCAGAGAGGUGGAAGGCGAGGAGAACCAACCCCGCCCCCAUCUCCAUCGCCACCUAGGCAGGAGGCCAGUUCAAGGCAUGAUCCUGCAGUGGCAGCUUCUGAGCAUGCCCCGGAGGUUCAGGGAGCUACUCCUGUGCCUGCUUCUGUCCCAACUCCUGAGGCAUUAGAAGCCUUUAGGGUCUCAUUGGGCUACCAAGGGGAGGCAGCCUACCUACCAGGAGUACCAGGACUUCUUAGACUAUUGGAGGAUUUUUUGGGAGGCAGGGCUCAGACUACCCCAGCUCGACAGCUUGGAUGUGGUUCUUUUGAUGGCACUAGUGAUGCCAUGAUUGCUAAAGAAUGGGUCAAGCGGGUAAUUGCUACCUUUGAUGACAUGAGUUUAGGUGGUGAGACCAGACUCGUGGUUGCUACUAGGUUGUUGGAGGCGGGAGCUCGAAUUUGGUGGGAAAGUUUGAAGAGUAGAUCAUUUGGGCAGGGUUACAUGAGAAAGAAUGACGAGUUACAAGCAAGCAAAGUUUUAAGGAGAUGGUACAAUCGCUUUGAGGGCGGAAGCAGCUUGGUUAGAGAAGGCAAGAGAGUUCGAGAGAACAUAGCUAAGAGAAGAAGCUUGGAGGCGGGACAGCCAUCCAAGAAGAGUAGGAGUGAGGGUUCCUCCAAGGGCAAUUCUACUCCAGGCCCCACUAGACCUCCACUAUCUCAGAGUGGUGAUCAGCAGAGACUUACACGUUCUGAUAGCGCUCCUAGUGUCAGAGGCCCAGAAGCUAGUAACAGGUGCAAGAAUUGUGGAAAGCCGCAUAAAGGACAGUGUCAGACACCUCGCAAGUGCUUCCAUUGCGGUCAAACUGGACAUUUGAGGUCAGCAUGUCCAGAGUUGGGACGGGGUGGAUCUACACCAGCAUCUCAGGACCGUCCUAGCCAGUUCAGAGGUUCUCAGCCAGUAGCAUCUUCCCCAGUUACUACCAAGUCGGGAGCUGCUAGCAACACUUCGCAGCCAGGUGCCCAUCGACCUCAGACCAGAGCUCAGACCCGAGUAUUUGCCAUGACAGAGGAAGAGGCUGAGUGUAGGCCUAAUGUGAUCACAGGUACACUAUCCAUCUUCCAGCAUAAUGCUUUUGCAUUGAUUGAUUCUGGGUCAGAGCGUUCUUUUGUUAGUACUACAUUUGCAUGUCAUGCGAAUAGUGACCCUUCCCCCUUGGGUGGUGAGUUAGUGAUACAAACUCCUUUAGGUGAAGAGGUAGUAAGGAGUUUGGUGUACAGGGAGUGUCCAGUGCUAAUUAAUGGAGUUGUCUUGAAGGCAGACUUAAUACCUUUGGAGAUCAAAGAUUUUGAUGCCAUUCUUGGCAUGGAUUGGUUGGAUAGACAUCAUGCUUCCAUUGAUUGUUUCAAGAAGGAAGUUACUUUUCCUGUGUCUUCAGGACCCGCAGUGGUGUUAAAGGGUGUGAGAAGGACUUUGCCUUCAUGUUUAAUUUCAUCCAUGGAAGCUAGAAGAUUGUUGGGCAAGGGUUGCCCAAUGAUUUUGGCUCAUGUGGUAGAUACAAGAGUUAAGGAGCCAGCUUUAGAAGAGAUGCCAGUGGUGAGUGAGUUUCAGGAUGUUUUUCCUGAAGACUUACCAGGUUUACCACCAGAUAGAGAAAUGGAGUUUGCUAUAGAUUUACUACCUGGUACAGCUCCUAUUUCUAUACCACCUUAUCGGAUGGCACCAGCAGAGCUAAGAGAAUUGAAGACUCAAUUGCAAGAUCUUGUAGACAAGGGUUUUAUUCGACCAAGUGUAUCACCUUGGGGUGCACCAGUUCUCUUUGUAAAGAAGAAGGAUGGAUCUAUGAGGUUGUGCAUAGAUUACAGGCAAUUAAAUCGGGUGACAAUCAAGAACAAGUACCCAUUGCCAAGGAUUGAUGAUUUAUUUGAUCAAUUGAAGGGAGCAAAGGUGUUCUCUAAAAUUGAUUUGCGGUCUGGGUAUCAUCAGUUGAAGAUUAAGUCAGAGGAUGUCCCAAAGACAGCUUUUCGGACCCGUUAUGGCCAUUAUGAGUUUUUGGUGAUGCCAUUUGGUUUGACUAAUGCUCCUGCAGCUUUUAUGGAUUUGAUGAACAGGGUGUUUAGACCUUAUUUAGACAAGUUUGUCAUUGUGUUUAUUGAUGAUAUUUUGGUCUAUUCACCUUCAAACGAGGAGCAUGCUCAGCAUCUUAGGAUUGUUUUGCAAACUCUUCGGGAGAAGAAAUUAUAUGCUAAAUUCUCCAAGUGCGAGUUUUGGCUCUAUGAAGUUGGAUUUCUUGGACAUGUGGUGUCAGGAGAAGGGAUAUUUGUGGAUCCAAAGAAAGUUGAAGCCAUUGUAAAGUGGGAAAGGUCGAAGAAUGUUACCGAAGUUCAAGUUUUUCUUGGACUUACGGGUUAUUAUAGGAGAUUUGUGGAAGGAUUUUUCUUCAAUUGCCUUGCCAUUAUCAAAGUUAACUCGUAA